AUGGCUAAUUCUGUAGACACGCUGCUGAUCCCAGGCCCUAUCAUCCUUAGUGAGGCCGUCCAGAAGGCUCUGGACGUGCCCUCGCUGGGCCACACCUCUCCUGAGUUCAUUUCCGUUUUCCAACGGGUCCUGCAGAACACCAGGACCGUCUUCAACUCCGCUGCUACCUCCAAAUCGCAGCCCUUUGUGCUUGCUGGCUCCGGCACGCUGGGCUGGGACUUAUUUGCCUCAAACUUCCUGCUCUCCGGGGCUCCCAACAGGAACGUGUUGGUCGUAUCCACUGGGACGUUUUCCGACCGGUUUGCAGACUGUCUGCGCAACUACGGUGCCCAGGUGGACGUUGUGGGCCCCACCAAGAUAGGCGAGUCUGUUCCUCAAGAACUGAUUGCUGAGAAGCUGGCGCACAAGAAGUACGGUGCUGUCACAGUCACACACGUCGACACCUCUACGGCGGUGUUGUCGGACCUGAAAGCAGUCUCGCAGCUCAUCAAGGACAUCUCGCCGGAAACGUUCUUCGUGGUUGAUGCGGUGUGCUCGAUUGGCUGCGAGGAGUUUAAGUUUGACGACUGGGGGGUGGACUUUGCCCUGACUGCGUCCCAGAAGGCCAUUGGCGCUCCAGCAGGCCUGUCAAUCUCGCUGUGCAGCAGCAGGUUCAUGGACUACGCCCUCAACGACCGCGAGAACGGCCAAGUGCACGGCUACUUCUCGUCUUUGAGAAGAUGGGCCCCGAUCAUGCAGGGAUACGAGGCUGGUAAAGGUGCGUACUUCGCUACCCCACCCGUGCAGCUGAUCAACAGUCUCGACGUGGCCUUGAGAGAGAUCCUCGACGAGGGGUUGACCAAGAGAUGGGAUUUGCACCGUGAAAUGAGCGACUGGUUCAAAGACAGUCUGGUGAACGGCUUGCAGUUGACGUCCGUUUCUCGGUACCCUUCGAGCAUGUCUGCACACGGCCUGACCGCCGUUUACGUUGCUGACCCUCCCAGUGUCAUUGCAUUUUUGAAGUCUCAUGGCGUGGUUAUUGCCGGUGGUAUCCACAAGGACAUCGGACCCAAGUACAUCCGUAUUGGCCACAUGGGCGUGACCGCUUGUAACAAGAGCUUACCGUACAUGAAAAACUGCUUCGACUUGAUUAAGUUGGCACUUCAGAGAAAGAAGUGA